CCAGUGUUAAUAAGGAACUCAGGAAAAGAGCUGCAAUACCAGUUUUGUGGGGAAGCCUCUACCGGAUAAGGAGACAAAGGACAAAUGGAGUCGAUGGAUAUGAGCUAAGCUAGGGAAGUGGAAUCUGGAUCAUAUCCACUAAACCUGUUUUUCGGAUGUCACUGACUACGACUCAAGCCGAGGGGGUGACCGUGUUCACCGUCACCUCCAACCCCAAAAGCAAGUGGCCGCUGCUUUGCCAGCUUCUGGGCAACUUGUGCUACAGUCCGGUCUGCUCUGUGUCUCAGAGCUUGAAGCAGAAGAUGGGCAGGACUCACACAGUUCUGGGGACUCUACAGAUUCUGGUUGGAUUAAUGAAUGUGGGCUUUGGAUGUAUCUUUAGGAACGUGGGCAGCUUCUCCUCUCCACUUUGGAACGGCUGUUUUUGGUUGGGGGCAGUGUUUAUUGUAGCUGGCAUCGUCUGCAUCCUUGCUGAGAAGUUCCCCAGCAGUUGCCUGCUUAGCUUGAUGGGCCUGGUGAAUCUGGUCAGUGCUGCGCUGGCUAUUACUGCCACUGUAUUCUACUCAAUAGACUUGGUGCAGUUGCCUGGACGUUACAACUGUAAACAACGCGGUUACUCACAUGGAUAUGGAUAUGGUUAUGAAUACACCACACCUUCUCAGAUGAAAGACCUGAUGGAGAACUGUGAGCACAACCAGCACAUCUUCAAGAUGGUCUAUGGAGGACUGGAUAUCCUGCUGAUCGUGUUGGCUGUCCUUCAACUUUGUGUCACCGUCAGCUCAUGUGUUCUGAUUCUGAAGACUCUGUGCAAGAAGAAGAAAGGAGACGAAAUGGAGGAUCCGGAGCUUCGCCAGCCUCUCGUGGAGGAAGAUCUUUCCAGCUCUGCAUAUUAAAAACACUUUCAAUCCCUUGCUUUCAUUGCUUGCAUAAUUAAAUAUUAUCCCACUCAUUUUUGAGACUUUUAAGGGGUAUCUCAUGAUUACUAUUGUCACUACAUUACUGUGGCUGACUCUGACCUUUCACAUGCACUAUGUUUUUCAUUGUGAUCUUGAUGACACUGAUGAUAAUAAAAAUCUGUUUUCAUCUGCA